AAGGCUCAAGCCUUGCAAGGUUUGCAGAAGUGAAAAGUAUUGUAAUGGGUGGUUUUUUUCCAAAUUCAACAUUCUUCUGCAACUUCUUGCUAUUUAGUCAGUGCUUAUGAAGGUUUUGGUUGUUUCUCCUCUUUCCUCCUCAUAGUCCAGGCUCUUUGCUUGGCUCCCUGCUCCCCUGAUUCGCUGUGGUCUUACCUGGCUAAGGUAGAUUAAUUAAUCUGCGGGUUUUUGAUUAUACAGCUCUCCUAUUUCUGCUCUGUGAAAGCAGCAGGAAAGACUGAAGAGCAAAGCAGGAGGGUAGAAAACAUAUUCUAUUUUUAGGACAAGAUUGGCUUAUCUUGUAUUUAUCCUAGCUAGGGCGAUAAUGUUUCCAGAGACCUCAUAUAAUAAAGGCUGCAUAAGGGCUGAGUUAAUUUUAGCUGCCUGGCAGUCAACAAGCAUGGAGCCUGCACAAGAACCAGAGGAGCUGGGACCUCGGACAGAAAUGAUCGCAGACACAAUUCUUGAGGUUGGAGAGAGACUCUUUCAGGUCAGCCGUAGGGCACUUUCCGUACACAGUCGUUAUUUUGAAGCCAUGUUUUUUGGGGGGGCAAGAGAGAGCUCUGAACACCACAUAGUGAUCAGAGGGAUUGAUGCAGUGCCUUUUCAGACGCUGCUUGAGUUCACCCGCACGGCCCGAGUGCUUAUAGGGCAAGAAAACGUGACCAGCUUACUGGAAACAGCUGACUUUUUUCAGUUUGACAGGGUGAAACUGUUGUGUGAGAAAUUUCUGGAGCGAGAGCUGCACGUUUCCAACUGCCUGGGCCUGAUGACCUACUCACAGCAAUUUGCCUUUAUAGAGCUGUAUGAGUCUGCUAUGAAUGUGGCUCUCACUCACUGGGGGGAUGUGAUGUGCCAGGAAGAAUUUAAGGCACUACCCAAAGAAAUGCUGGUGCAGCUCCUCAAAAGUGAUGACCUCUUCGUUCCACGAGAAGACGUGGUUUUUGACAGUGUUAUGAGGUGGAUAAUGGAGGACCCAGCAACGAGAGAGGAAGACUUUCUGGAUUUGGUGGGCGAAGUCAGGGUCACUUUUCUGAGUUUGUCCUUCCUCGAUAUCUUGGUGAAACGCAGCAAGCGCCCUGGAGAGACAGAUACCUUUUCCAGAUUAAUAAAGAAGUUAGACAGCUGUCCUCCACCCAGCUGGCAAAAUACGGAGCUGUGUCCUUAUGCUGGUCGGAGCUAUGACACCUUGUAUGUCCUGGGAGGAAAGCAUGACAAGGAACAGCAAGAAUUAUUUCUCUUUCAACCUAAAACAGGGACCUGGCAGGCUUGUUCUCCACUGCAGCGCAGGAACCUCACCCAAUAUGCAGUGGCAGCAGUAGGGAGCUUCCUUUUUGUGACAGGCGGAUAUUUCCGGGAUGAGUUUGUGUGGUAUAGUGUGGAUUGGGUGCUGGUCUACAAUUGCUUGGACAAUAGCUGGCUAGAAGGGCCUGCCAUGAAGAAGUCCCGCAAUAGCCAUUGUGCGGUAGGAGCAGGGCUCUACCUGUAUGUGCUUGGAGGGAGCACAGAUGAAGGGAUAAUCCCAGCAGUGGAGCGCAUGGCUUUGACGGAGUCGGAGUGGGAAAGCAUGAGUCCUAUGGCUCAACCUGUGGAGAGAGGAGAUGCGGUCAGCAUGGGAACCAAGAUCUACGUGGUCUGUGGCCUGGAUGAAAAUGGACAUGUAUAUGAUGGAGUGCAAAGGCUGAACACAGAGACGGACAGCUGGGAUGUCAUCUCAUUCUCCCCGCUUCCAAGGUAUGACCUCUGCAUCACAUCACUGAACGGAGCUCUGUACACCAUAGGAGGGGGAGCUUUUCGAUUUGAUGUGGAAACAGAUGAAUGGACCCAGGUGGAUGAGGAAUGCUUGACCCAGAAGUUCUUCAUGGGAUGCAGCACUGUGAACGGACAAAUUUAUCUCCUUGGACAGAGGAAGGGGAACAGUGCCCUCCCCGUUGUAGUGCUCUUUGAUCCCUACAUUGAUAUGUGCCAGGUCAUAGAUAACAAACUCCCUUGCCCCCUUCCUAUUCAUGGGUGUGUGUCUGUGCGGAGAUUUGAUACGUGGGCAUGAGUGAUGCCAGAUCCAACAUAACCAAAAAGAAAUUCAUGUGCUUUACAGCUGAUGGGAGUUAGAUUGCGUCAAGUUUGGUCUGUGAAAUUUUUUAAUUUUAAGAAUAGAUCUGGUCGUUGAGAGCUUUGUCUUUUUUCCUACCUGGCAAAUGAAGUUGUGGCAAAAGGUAGUGAAACCUCUGUGUCUGUGCCAAGGUUGCAGGUGGUUUUUGGUGGUCAGCAUUGUUAUGGUACA